UCGCGACGCGAUCAGCAGUCUCGCAGUCUCGCUCGCGCAUCCGACCGGGCAGGAUCCCAGUGCGGUGCGCGUCGUUAAUCGUGCGUGCGUGUAAUCGAUCGCGGAGCAGCGAGCCGUGCUCCUUUCCCGAUUUUCCGUGACGAUCCUCCUGACGUGCACCGUCGUCGUCGUCGUUGCGGUGCAUCGAUCAGCGGUCAUCCUCGGGAUGACGUCACGGCCGCGCCGUCAACUCCGUCGAUGAAGCGGCCUCAGGAUGAUGCAGGACGUUGCAGGCGGCCCCGCCGACGAUCAACGUGCCGCCUCCAAAUCGGUGCUGCUCAACACCUUCGUCGUGAAGAAGAAGCGGUGCCGCGUGUACUUUCAUCGCGGCACGCUCAUCUGGGAGACCGAGAGGCCGCCUUACACCAGAUGGACCCUGCCCUUGACGGACGUUCUGGCGGUGCGCUACGGCGACGACUGGAUACCGGGUGUGAGCGUUAAGGAGAAGCAGCCGACGCAGCCGACCUCGCCGACGACGGUGUGCCCGACGAAUUUCAUCCUGCACUACGCCGUACGCGGACCCAAGAACAAAUGGAGACAUCACAGCGUGACGAUGAGCCACACGGAUCCCAGGCAGGUCGCCUCGUGGGUGAAAACCAUUCGCAAUUACCUCCUAGGUCUGUCGUGUCGGCCGCGAAAGGUGAUGCUGUUCAUCAAUCCCAUAGGCGGUAAGAAAAAAGGUGUCAAGAUCUGGGAGAAGGAUGUCCAGCCGCUUAUGACCAUCGCUGGCAUCGAGACAAAGAUGAUGGUCACAGAGCGUGCCGGCCACAUUCGCGACGCUCUGCUCACGGCCGACUUGAGUGACCUACAUGCGGUGGUGUGCAUCGGCGGUGAUGGUACGUUCGCCGAGGCGUUCAACGGGUUGAUUCUGAGGGCGGCGAAAGAUCAGCAGAUUGAUCCCAACGACCCUGACGCCAGGCUGCCCGGUCCCGCCUUACCUGUUGGUGUUAUACCCAGCGGUAGCACAGACACGGUCGCCUACAGUCUGCACGGCACCACCGACGUGGAGACUGCCGCCAUACAUAUCAUCUUCGGCGAUUCCAUCGGUCUAGACAUCUCAGCGGUUCACAGCAAUCGCACCUUGCUCAGGCUCUACGCCAGCGUGCUCAGCUACGGCUAUCUGGGCGACGUAAUCCGCGACAGCGAAAAGUUCCGCUGGAUGGGACCCCGUAGAUACGAUUGGUCUGGUUUUAAAAAGAUAUUAGCAAACAAGGGCUACGAGGGUGAGAUCGAGCUGCUAUCGGACCCAUGUCACCCAGCGGGAAGCACAAGAUGCAUGAAGAACUGCUUACGCUGCCUGCAGCAUAUGCACAGCAUCCCCGACAAGGAAAUCUCCAGAUGGGUGACGGUCAGAGGGAAGUUCUUCAUGGUGAAUGGCGCGAACGUGUCGUGCGCGUGUUCGAGGAGUCCUAUGGGUUUCAGUCCUCAUUGUCACGUGGGCGACGGCUGCGUGGACGUGAUCUUAAUUCGACACACAUCUCUGAUAAACAAUAUCAGAUUAUUGCUCAGGCUAUCCAGCAAACGAAAGACUCUGUACGAGCUACCGUUCGUCGAGGUCUACCGGGCGAGAGAAUUUACAUUCCGCGCCCUGCCGACGCUGCAAUUCGAAAACGGGUUGAACGCGGGAGCCCGCUCGAGCUCACGGCUCAGCGUGUGGAACUGCGACGGCGAGGUGAUCGACAGCACCAAUGUGAAAAUCAGGGUACACUGCCAAUUACUGAAGGUCUAUACGAGACGAACUCAGGACUCGGCCCGGGAGCCGACAUGCAUCAGCUGUUCCACGUGAAUGAGCCGAAUGAGGUCGUCGAACGGCUAGUCUUCAAGGCCGCGAUCCCGCACCGCGACGCUUUCGAGGGCGCAAAGUUUCUUUGUCUUGCC